GGACUAAAAAUAAAAAUGGCAUCUACAAAAGUUCCAGAAGUACGGGAUAUUACACGAAUUGAAAGAAUUGGUGCUCAUUCACACAUUAGAGGACUUGGUUUAGACGAUGCACUUGAAGCAAGACAGGUUUCACAAGGCAUGGUUGGUCAGAAAAAGGCAAGACGUGCUGCUGGUAUAAUAACAUAUAUGAUCAAAGAAGGUAAAAUUGCUGGACGAGCUGUUUUAAUUGCAGGCCAGCCAGGUACUGGAAAGACUGCUAUUGCUAUGGGUAUCGCUCAAUCUCUUGGUGCUGAUACUCCAUUCACCGCAAUGGCUGGAAGUGAAAUAUUUUCACUAGAGAUGGGAAAAACAGAGGCGUUAACGCAAGCCUUCCGAAAGUCUAUUGGAAUUAGAAUUAAAGAGGAAACUGAAAUCAUUGAAGGUGAAGUUGUUGAAGUGCAAAUCGACAGACCUGCAACUGCUUCAGGAGCAAAGGUGGGGAAGUUGACAUUAAAAACAACUGAAAUGGAAACCAUAUAUGACUUGGGUACAAAAAUGAUCGAUUCUGUUACCAAAGAGAAAGUCCAGGCUGGGGACGUUAUCACUAUCGACAAAGCCACUGGCAAAAUAUCGAAACUGGGAAGAUCAUUUACUCGUGCAAGAGAUUAUGAUGCAAUGGGACCUCAGACGAAGUUUGUACAAUGCCCGGAGGGAGAACUGCAAAAACGCAAAGAAGUCGUUCACACUGUGACCCUCCAUGAGAUUGACGUCAUCAACAGCCGCACACAAGGAUUUUUAGCACUGUUUUCAGGCGAUACAGGAGAGAUUAAAUCCGAAGUGCGAGAGCAAAUCAAUAAAAAGGUAUCUGAAUGGAGAGAAGAAGGGAAAGCUGAGAUCGUUCCCGGCGUUUUAUUUCUCGACGAAGUGCACAUGUUGGACAUCGAAUGCUUUUCAUUCUUAAACCGUGCAUUAGAAGACGACAUGGCACCUGUAUUAAUAAUGGCGACCAACAGAGGAAUCACAAAAAUUCGUGGCACGAACUAUAAGAGUCCACAUGGCAUGCCGAUCGACCUGUUGGAUCGUUUGCUGAUUAUUUCCACUUCACCGUACGAAGAGAAAGAUUUGGAACAGAUUCUACGAAUAAGAUGUGAAGAAGAAGACGUGGAGAUGGGCGAUGAUGCAUUAGCAGUGUUGACGAAGAUAGCUCAAGAGACGAGUCUACGCUACGCUAUACACCUUAUCACCUCUUCAAGUUUAUGUUGUCGAAAAAGAAAGGGUACCGAAGUUGAAGUGGAAGAUAUUAAAAAGGUAUACUCCCUUUUCUUCGAUCAGGGCAGGUCGUCGCAGUUCUUAAAGGAGUAUCAGCAAUCAUUCAUGUUCGAUGAGAAUGCAGAUGGAAGCAUGGAUACGUCAUAAGAAUUGGGAUACCGGCUAGCAUAUUGUAACUGACCCGCAUGUAAUUUUGAGUAGUGCGCAAUGUUUUGGUAAGUGUUGUAAGGGUGUAUUGUCGAACUGUCUCACGGAAUAAACAAAAGGACUGUGAUCAAUUUUUAUACUAAGAUGUUCAAGUAUAUUUUUAUCGCCGAGUUGUAUAUUGUUUAGAGAUUUUUGAUGUUGAUACACUUCAGUUUA